AUGGCGGCCUCGUUCGGGCUGUAUUUCGGCAACACGAACCUUUGCCUCGCGAUUCACAAGGAUGGGAACACUGAAGCUGUCACCAAUGACUCUGGUGAUCGUGUCACCCCUGCUGUCAUUGCAUUCUCAAAUGGAGAGAAGUCGGUGGGGCUCGCCGCCAAAAGUGAGAUGGCUCGCAACCCGAGUGGCACCAUCUGCAACCUGAAGUGCCUGAUAGCUGCCACCUCACCCGAGGAGGUGCAGAAGAUUGCCAGUGACAGCCCAUGCAAGAUAGUGACCGAGGGAGACAGGGUCUACUACGAGGUGGCCUCUGCAGACAACGGUCGCAGCACCCGUCACUCGUGCAGUGACGUUCUGGUCCACCUCUUCCGCAAAAUGUUUGAGGUCGCCGAAAGCCAAGGAAGCGACGAGCACCCUGCUGUGGUGACAGUGCCUCCAGAGUUUGACGAGCAGCAGAGGCAACUUGUGGCUGCUGCGGCCACCAAGGCAGGCUUCCAAGUCCUCCGGCUAGUCAAUGAACCCACUGCAGCAGCCCUGGCCUAUCACAUGGGCACAGCCCCAUCUCUCGAUGUCUGCCGGUACCUACUGUAUCGACUGGGUGGUCGGACGGCAAGUGCAAGCGUAGUGGCAGUGUGCAAUGGCGCCUACCGCCUUGUGGCCCACGCCACCACAAAACCGGCCCUGGGUGGCCGGGACUUCACUGCGGCCGUCGUCGACCACUGCGCCCAGGAGUUCAAGCGCCAAAGCCGUGGGGCUGACCUGCGUGAAAGCCGACGGGCACUGGCACGGCUGUGGAAUGCCGCUGAGACGGCCAAGCAUGUCCUGGCAACACUGGAGACAGCCCAGUGCUUCGCGGAGUCUGUCUACGAGGGGAUGGAUCUCAGCCUCAACAUCAGCAGGGCACGGUUUGAAUCCUUGCUGGGCUCCCUGCUGACGCGGUGUACAGAGCUUGUGGACGAGGUUCUGCAGCAGGGCGGCCUCGAUGCCUCUGACAUCCACAAGGUGGUUCUGUGUGGUGGCUCGACCAAAGUGCGCCGACUGCGCAGCCUCCUGGCGUCACGUUUUCCUACGUCGCAGCUACUCGACACCCACAGCCCCGAUGAAGUGAUUGCCUUGGGUGCGGCCAUGCAGGCAGCGCUUCUCUCCUCUCGGGGCGAGGCGGUCAGAGACGUACCUCCUCUCGUGCAAGUUCCAGCUCUCGCCCACAGCGUCUACGUCAAGGCUGGUGCAGAAGGGUCACUCACUGAGGUGCUAGGCCAAGGAACUCCAGUGCCUGCUCGGUGGCAGCAGCCGGUGGCUCGGGCGGAAGGCGAGAGCAGUGCCAUGCUUGAAGUGUACGAAGGGCAUGGUGAUGGCCAAAAUGCCGCCCUUCUGGCACGGGUCUGCAUGGAUGGACUAGAGGAGGAGUCUAAACUUGUUGCCAGUGUGAGCAUACGCAGUGAUGGCUCAGUCCACAUUUCGUGCACAGACAAGCACAGUGGCCGCACUGAAUCCGUCACGCUGGAUCCGACGGCGAUAAGCGACGCAUCGGACACUUCAGGAAGCUGACGAUGCUGCUCGUCCGACCUAGGUUUCUCACUUAAGCAGCCCCGCUCGGCUGUCGUAGUCAGUGAACAUGUUUUUCGCCGCCCUCCCUGUUUGUACAUUGGCCUUUCUUUGCACCUGUCAGUGGCAUGGGUGUCGGUGCCCAUUGUGAUUCAUGAAAAACUUGACAAAAGAAGUGACGGCAAGAGCCCUUGAAGAAACGGUUUUUUACAUCGCCGUGAUGGUGUUGGUGUUUCUUGGCUGGCAGUCGUGCUCUUUGUUUUUGGUGUAAAUAUGGAGUUGAGCGUUGGUUGACGUGCCAUCACUUUAUGAAAAGCAGAAUGUGCUGUGUGCUUCUCAAGACACGCACACUGAGGACCAGAGCUUGUCAUUAGAUACAGUGAUGGAAUGGACUAUAGGUUUUUCUUUUUGUUGGACUUCAGAAAGGCAAAAGGUCAAAGACCAAAAUUUACUGAUGGUGAGCACCAUAGGCUAUUAGAGCAUUGCAGCAUAUCCUCCACAUAUUGUUAUUCUCCCAUAGACUUCCAUGCAGGCCGAGACGGCUAGGACUGCCAGUAGCAAGUCUGCGAGGCUUGAAACUGGCCUGCUUGCACGAGACUGCAAAUCUAACUCUCUUUAAUAAUGUAAUGUUCUCCGUACUGCAGAUUUCGCCCUUAUGUUAUUCAUGCAUGCAGUCCGAAAUAUUUUUUUUUUCUUCUUUUAUUGAUUGUCUGGACCUUCCAAGCCCUAGGAGAAGGUCUGGUAUCAAGCAAACGAAUAUUGCUUUGUACGAUACAAGACCUUUCCAUGGGAAAAGAACACAUCAAGAUAUCCUGAUCAGUGACGAGUUCCAUUUCUGAAAUUGCUGUAGUGAUUACGCACCAGCUGUGCAGUUGAAACGCAUGAUAGCACUCUCAUUGCUUUCAUUUUUUAUUAUCCUAUUCAUAUGCAGCCAUGUUGCUACAUAUUGCCAGCAGAUGCCAAUUUCAGCAACUGAUGUUCAUGAUGCGCAGGCUGGAGCACUAAGCUAGCCCUAUAAAUGUUUUCUCACUAUAUUGCCUUUCUAGACAACCUGUGGCAAUGGCGUCGUAGAUGAUCUGGAACAUGAAAAAUGUGCAUCCGUGAUUCAUUCAUUUCGCUGCAGCUCGUAAAACUUAAAGAACACACAAACGGUUAUUUUUUUGUCAUUAAGCAUGAAAUGCCAGUCCAGCGGAGGUGUGAGGUUUAGCAGCCGCUAAUAUGCACAAUGUGGCUGUCAGAGGAACUACUUAGGUUGUGAAAUGGUUGGGCUGUACAGCGCUACUUUCUCUACCGAAAUACAGCUGCAUGGUUGGUACAUUUUAAAGACAGUGCUGAAUGCAGUCGUAGAAAUGUAGAGAAGGUAAAGAGAGAAACAUUUCGUUGCCAACAUCACAACUCUCUAGACACUGCUCUUAAAAGAAGCUUUUAUAAUUCUUGAUUUUUAUGAAACUUGGUGAGCUUAUGCAUAUAUGUGUGCUGAUUUUAAAUAUGUAGUUAUUUUUGUUGUAUAAGGUGUACUUCUUAAAAUACAAAAUAUUUCAUGUGCCUUUUGGGGAGCAAGAUUUUUUUUUUUUUUUUCAAGCUAAGAGAGCUGCAAAUUAAGUUGACAUACCACAGUAUGGAAUCUGGAAUCAGGACUGUGUGCAGUGCUACAAAAAUGGAUGUUCUAAAUCAAUUAGAACAAAUGUUAUCGUAAAUUGUAUGGUGUGUGAGUCAAUUUCAAGCUAGAAUUUCAUUGGCAAGAUUUCAACAUUCCAUAACUUUUAUUCUAGUUGGUUUAGAACAUUCAUUUUUGUUGCACUGCAAUCAGCUUUGAUUCCAGGUUAUCUUGAUAUGCUUAUUUACUUCAUAACUUUCUUAGUUUCGACAAAAGCUUGCUCCCCCGAAAGGCACAUGAAAUAUUUAGUACUUUAAAAGCUACACUUAACACAAGAAAAAUAAUUGCAUAUUUGAAAUCAGCACAGAUGUACAUACACUUGCCAAGUUUCAUCAAAAUUGAUCUAGAAAUAAAAAAGUUUUUUAAGUGCCAUGUCCCCCUUAAAAUAGUGCCUGUUCUUCAGCACCUUCGUGAGCUGAGAAACGUUACCUUUGCUACGGACGAUGAGAGAAACACACAGAACGUGUAAAGAUAGUUAAAUCUCUAGGUUCUGUUAUACAGUGCACUUGAACCUAUACAUUUUUUAGAUUCUGCAUUUCAAUGCGCAUGUGCCAAGGUGAAGCCCUAAAAAUUGAGGUCAAAAGCACAAUUGAAUAUGAUACAAUCAACAGUUUCAAACAAGCCUUGUCUCCAAAGCUUAAUCAGCACGCGGGAUAUCUUCUAUUUUGAUCACUUACGGUUACGAAAAGCUGUCACCUCACUGUGUACUUUUGUUUCUAAGUGAGCUGAAGCACCUCCAAGUGUUUUCACUUCAAAAUUUUUCUAUAUGUGCCAAGACCACUUCAGCGCAUUGAUACUGGCAAGUCAUGGUCGCGUGGCCAACUCUGUCUGAAGUUGCUGUGUUAAGUAUUGUAUAUCUUGUGUGGCAUAUAUUCUUUGUCCUUGAAGCUUUUUGACAGCAACUGCACUUGCUGAAACGAAUUUCUGAAGUGACUGUUUUUGGAGUAUAAUAUAAUAUAAAUUGUCAUUCCCACACCUCAAAUGUUUUUUUUUUUAAAUUAGGGCCCAGUGUUCACGAUGUGGAGUGUGACAAAACUCACUCUCAACAUUCUCUGUUCUGGUGAUGAGAGUUUUUAGUGCAAAUGUGCUUGUGAAGUUUGCAUUGCAAUUAAAGAUUACCAAAUGCUUAAUUAAUACUAGAGAAACACACUGUAUGCAGACAAGAACAUUAUAUUUAGUGCUGCAAGCUGUUGCACUGAACCAAACAGGCUAUUUAAAUACACUCUCAUGUACUAUAUAUCUAUGACAUCUAUGUCAUUCUGUAAUAAAUAUCCUAUCGGGAAUUGA